CUUAAUUAAAAGAUUUUAGUACAGCUAUACAGUUAGAUCUCACGAUCCACUUGUUUGCAUUGAAACAGUGAUGGGCAACUGAUUGUUGAGAGACGAAGUUUAGAACUAACAUUUGAUCUAACAACUAUGAAGUCGCCGUGUUUAUUGUUAAUUAUUUUAUUGUAUUUAAUACAAAAUUUACAAGUGGGGGCCUAUGAAACAACGAGGGAACCAAAGUUGGCUGCAGUAAAGCAAACGACUCUAAAGUUGGCACAUGUGCUUUUUCGUCAUGGCAUUAGAACCCCUGUUAAUACUUAUUCUAAUGAUCCUUAUAAAAAUGAAACCUUUUUCCCCUAUGGUUGGGGUCACUUAACUAAUAAUGGCAAACGAGAUCUUUAUCAAAUGGGCAAAUGGUUAGGCCGACGUUAUCAGGAGUUCUUAGCACCCUACUAUAAGCCAGAGUCAGUGUAUGCUAGAUCGACAGCCUCACCCCGCACUCUUAUGUCUAUGGCCACAGUAUUGGCUGGUAUGUUUCCUCCCAAUAACACACCCAUGAAAUGGAAUCCUAAAAUGAAUUGGCAGCCGAUACCGAUCUUUUCAGAACCUUUGGAUAAAGAUGUGGCAUUGCGUAUGCAGACUAAUUGUCGGGCCUACUCUGAAAUGGAAAGCAAGGUAGCACGACAAGAGAAACCUGAAGGUCUCUUUGAACAGUUAACCCAGGUAACGGGUGAUAAUGUGACCAAAUCUGGCGAUGUCAGCUCUAUAUUUAUAACGCUAUGGGCAGAGCAAUUAUAUGGCUUAAAAUUACCCGAUUGGACACGAAACUUAUAUCCCGAUAAAAUGCGUUAUAUGGCCGAACAAAGUUAUGUCGAUUUAGUGGUAACUCCCGAAAUGAAACGCAUUAAGGCAGGACCAUUUCUUGAAAUGUUGACCAAACAAAUGUUGGAUAAAGCUAAUGGUACGCUUAAGCCUAAGGAGAGGAAAAUGUUUAUUUAUAGUGCUCAUGAUUGGACUAUCACCAAUAUAUUGAUUGGUUUGAAUGUAUGGAAAAGGCAAAUGCCUAAUUUUGCGGCCUUAAUAUUGUUUGAAUUGCAUCAAGAUAGAGAUACUAAGGAAUAUUAUAUGGAGCUUUAUUUCCAAAAUGGUCCAAAAAAUGCUUUAGAAUCUUUAACUUUACCGGGCUGUAGUUUUCAGUGCCCCUUGACUAAGGUUAUGGAACUGCUACAAGAUGUUUUACCCACCGGUACUUAUGAUGAAAUGUGUGAGAAUCAAUAGCGAGAGAUUAAGCAGAAACAGCUCUGAUUAGAAUGUAAUCAGUAAAUUUUGUAUUAACGUCACUUUUACUUUUUGUUUAUUGAAACG